AUGGCUCCGGCUCAUCCCAAGAGCACCUUCAUCCGUCCUCUUCCUGGAGAGGCUCUGCCAAUCCACAAUCGUCCCGACGAAUGGAAAAUUGAGCAGGGCCUCUCCGGGGGCAAAUUGCCCAUCUUAGAUCAAUCAGGCCCUGAGACUCGUAUUAUCCCACCUCAAAAAUGGCCUGACAUUAUCAAAGACGAGGAAGCUAUCAAAGCCGUGGGCGAUCCCAAUAAGCUAUUCACGCGUGAACUCGAAGGAUGGAAAGGAUACGUGGAAUGGGAAGAGUUCCCGGAGAAGAAAGAAAAGGCUCGCAGGAUUCUUGCUGCACAGAACUUUCCUCCAAACCCUGAAUUCCAGAUGGGACCAAUACCGGAUUCCAAUCCGGUCCUUCCAGGCACCCACUGGAAAAUGUGGCAUCACGCCGUCGGUGGUGAGCUCAUGGACGUACCGGAGGACUCAUGGGCGACGGUUCUUCGUGAGAAGCACCCGGAAAUGCUUCACCUCCUUCAAUUUCCCUACAAUGGAGAACCUCCAAAAAGACUAGUUACCGACAAGGCCGUGACUCCCAACUCUCUUCACUUCGUCAGAAACCAUGGAGGCAUUCCCCUGAUCGACAAAGACAAGUUCUUCUUCACCUUGGACGGUCUCGUGGCCAAUCCAAGAUCGUUCACUCUCGACGACAUCAUGGACGAGUCCAAGUUCCCGAGAAUCAAGAAAUUGGUCACCAUGCAAUGUUCAGGCACUCGUCGCAUCGAACAGAUUUCUCUCUAUGCCGGGCAAGGUGACGAAGUCCCCCAGGCUCCGUGGGCCGAAGGGGCUAUCGGGACGGCCGAAUAUGUCGGCAUCAGCCUCAAGAAGGUGAUCAAGGCUUGCGGGGGACUCCUUGAAGGUGCCAAGCACAUCGAGUUCUAUGGCGCCGAGACCUACUUCAAGGACAAUGAUGUGAUGAAUUACGUGGUCAGCGUCCCCUGGUCCAAGGUCAAAGCAAACGAGGUCCUUCUUUGCUGGGAGAUGAACGGCGAGCCACUUCCUGCGAUCCACGGCUUUCCUCUGAGAGUCAUGGUCCUCGGAUACAUUGGAGCCCGAAGUGUCAAGUGGUUGUAUCGCAUCAAAGCCAUCGAAAAUCCUUCUUUGGCUCCGGUACAAAGCAAGGAGUACCUGUACUUCAACCAACAGGUCGGCAAGUACAACCAAAAGCCGACUGAUGGCAUUCAAAUUCAAGAGAUGCCGGUCAGUUCGGCCAUCAUGUCUCCAUGGACAAAGCAAGUGGUCAUCCACAACGGCAAGAUUCACUGCAAGGGUUGGGCAUAUUCCGGAGGAGGUCGUUGGCCGGAACGUAUCGAGCUAUCAGCCGAUGGAGGCUUCAGCUGGUAUGCUGUACCGAAUACAAACCUGUCUGAAAAGCACAAAUGGACGUGGCGAACUUGGCAAUUCGAUCUACCUUGCGACGUGGAGGGAUGGGUGGAAAUAGUCUGCCGAUGCUGGGACAACUCCCUCAACACCCAACCUCUGACCGUCCGGGCCGCUUGGAACUGGGGUCUUCACGUCACCAGCUCGGCUCAUCGUAUCAGCGUCUACAGCGUCAACAAGAGCCACGCUCGGACCAGAGAGAAGUUGCAGCAGUUUGUCGACAUGAACUCUCCCAUUGCCCCGUUGACGUGGCCGGAGGAAUUUCCAACCCAGAGCUGGGAAGAGUACAAGCAGUUCUGGAAGGAGAACGACCCGAGAGAUGUGGAUGAUUGA